AAAAUCCAAAUCCCCCUAAUAUUAUUGUAGAAAUCAUGAGUUCCGUGGGUGUAUUUCGUAAGGUGGAAAUGGAUGAAAAAUCAUAUUGGAUAUACACAUUAACACAUCCCGAUGAAGCACUAGCCAUGGAUCCUUUUUUUCUUUGUCCUCGUGCGCGUCUCAAAUUCCUAAAGUUCAAACUAAAUAUGCACGUUGAUGAUGAUGAUGAUGAUGAUGAUGAGGACGACGAAGACGAUGAUGGUGGUCGUGGUGACGGUGACGAUGACGAAAAAGAUGAUGAUGAUUCUAUUCCUGAGUUAAACCCAUACAAUUCAUCCCCUCACUUCUCAAGUGAUCAACAAGACGAAUCUUUGCUUGAUUGUGACCACCCUAGUAUCUGUAAGCUCCCUGUAGUGCCUCUUUUUUGGUGCAACAAUGAAGAACCGAGUUGUGAAGAAUUCGAGUGCGGUGCAUGCGAAAUGGAAAUGCCCAGCGCAAGCUAUUUUGCAUGUCAAGAAUGUGGAAAACAGUUCCAUAAAGAAUGUGUUGAAUCUCCACUUGAGAUCAAACACCCUUCCCACCCCAAUCAUUCUCUUCAACUUUACAGUUUUGCAAGCACAGAAAUGAAUUGCAUCUGUUGUAAGGAAGCUGUCUAUGAUAUGUUUUAUCACUGUACAACAUGCGAUUUAAGUAUGCAUCCGGUGUGUGCGAUGAAGACGGUACCCUGUGUUUCCGACCAUCCAAAAAGCCAUCACCACCCUCUCACCUUAUUCCCUGCACAAGCUUCUUUAGUUUGCACUUACUGUGCAAUGAUUGAUAAGCUUGAUCCCACAUACAUCUGUAUCGAGUGUGUCUUCGUAAUCCAUGAAGGCUGUUUCGGGUAUCCACAUGUCAUAAGAAUAUCCCGUCACCCCCACCGUAUCUCUUUUACCUCUUCUCUUCCAUCUGGAAAUUUGUCUUGCGGAGUCUGUCGUAAACCAGUCGACAACAACUAUGGCGCAUACACUUGCAAGAAAUGUGAUGCUUAUUUUGUUCAUUCAAAAUGUGCAACACACAAAUAUGUAUGGGAUGAAAUCGAACUCACAGGAGUACCAGAAGAAGAAGAUGAAAUAGACGAUGGUGAGCCAUUCAAGAGGAUUGCUGAUGGAAUAAUACUUCAUCCUUUUCAUAGUCACAAUCUAACACGUGAGAUCGACAAUGCUUCUGACAUAAUUAAGUAUUGUCGAGGGUGUGCCCUUCCAGUCGGUGAAGAUGAAUUUUAUUCAUGCAUGGAAUGUGACUUUAUCCUUCACGGAACUUGUGCAAAUGCUCCACGCAUGAUACGACAUCCUUUAUAUCCACAUCCACUUACACUACUAGUUGCCAUGAGAGGACCUGGCAAUGAUAAAGGUACAUUCUUUUGUGAUAAAUGUCAUCGUGUUGGUACUGGCUUAUGCUAUGGGCAUUAUGUAGGAGAAGAUACCUUCUGUUUAGAUUUGCAGUGUGCCUCGAUUAUAGAACCUUUCGAAUAUCCCGGCCACCAACAUCCGCUAUACCUACCUUGGAACCCAGAUGAGAAGAGAACACUAUGUCAAAUGUGCAAAUACGAAAGCAACCUAUCAAAAUUAGAGUGCACGAUAUGCAACUAUUCUAUAUGUUAUCGGUGUGCUGCCUUACCAUACAAAGUAAGGUACAAGCAUGACAGUCAUUUCCUCACAAUUUGCGAUGGGAAAGAGGCAAGUGAUCAACCAGACUGGUGUGAAAAUUGUGAAGGCAAAAUAACCGCUCUUCAUGUGGAUUGUCUACUUGGGACAGACAUGUACAUGAGGCCUGGUAAUACUAAAAACUAUUACCUAUCUUAUUCCAUGUACUCAUAUAAACGUGACCGCCAGAUAAAGCUAAAUGUUCGGAUUCUUCUCAACAAUUCCCUCUCCCGACCAAUCUGUACCAGAUGUAAGCGCCGUUGUCCAUUCCCGAUAGUUUUUAAAGGGAAAAGUACGUUAUUCUGUUCUUGGAAUUGUAUAGGAAAGAACAUCAAUUUUAAGAGUACUUGAAGUACAUUAUUUAUCAUCCCUUUUUGAAGUAUUUGGCUAUGUUGGUUUUUUUUUUAAUUCAAUUAUGAGAUGUUAUUUCUA